AUGCAAUUCACCGCCGCUUUCUUCGUCCUGGCCAUUACCCAAUGCAUCUCCGCCAUUAGCCUUCACCCAAGGCAGGAAGGUGGCUGUGUGGCUACUGAGUUCAGUGGCCCCGUCCACUGCUGCCCAGCUGUUCCCGACCUGAUCCAGCCGCCAUGCCAGUCCAUCUACACUUCUUGCGAGGGCGCGACCUGCAGCCCCGGUACCGAAUGGACAAUCACCUGUGCUGGUGACGACCACUGCUGCCCUACCGCCAACGGCGCUCACUGCCAGCCCUCCGGCGAGCUCUGCGGGAUUCUCAACUGA